AUGGCGAGAACUACCUUCCAGAAUUUCCUGAAAGCGGCUUAUGCUGCUACUCUUGUUGCGGGCACCGUGUCUGCCAUCGGAUUGGACAUCAAUAAUAAAAAGUCCAUCAAAGAUGCAGCCGCCACCGCCGCGUUCAACACCAUGCAGCACUACAACGGCAACAAGACCGGAGGAAUUCCAGGUGUCAUCCCCAGCCUCUGGGCAGAGGGCGGCAUUCUCUUCAACCUCAUGAUCCAGUACUGGUACUUCACCGGCGACGCCUCCAACAACGCCGCCGUCACCCAGGGCAUGUACUGGCAGAUCGGCGACAACGACUACAUGCCGUCGAACUGGAGCUCGCAGAUAGGCAAUGACGACCAGAUGGCCUGGGGCCUUGCCGCAAUGACAGCCGCAGAGUUGGACUAUCCCGAGGACGUUAAUCAGCCGUCGUGGUUGACUCUGGCUGAAGGCGUCUUCAACACCCAAGUCGCGCGUUGGGAUACCAGCAACUGCGGGGGCGGACUGCGCUGGCAGAUCUGGCCGUUUAACUCCGCAUACACCCUCAAGAAUGCUAUCAGUAACGGUGGUCUCUUCCAGCUUUCUGCGCGGCUGGCUCGGUACACCCAUAACCAGACGUUUGCGGACUGGGCGGAGAAGAUCUGGGACUGGAGUGCCAGCGUGCCUCUCUUAAACAACAAAACAUGGAGUAUCGCCGACAGCACCGACGUGGAUAAUGGUUGCACGACACAGGGAAACAACCAGUGGACGGCCAAUUACGGGCCGUACAUCAGCGGUGCAGCCUAUAUGUACAACUUCGUAAGUCAUUGCAACAAAUGGAAGUCCGGCCUCGACGGCUUGCUCAACGUCUCGUUGGGAACCUUCUUCCCCGAGAAGUACGGCGGUCUGAUCCUGUCGGAAAUCCUUUGUGAGCCCACACAGGUUUGCAACUCAUUCGAAGACACGUACAAGGGGAAUUUUGUCUCGGAUUUGACGCUGGCAAGCCUCGUCGCUCCGUACAUCUCGUCCGAGGUGUCUUCGCGUCUGCAGGCGUCGGCCGUCGGAGCGGCGAAGCAAUGCACGGGUGGCAACAACCAGACGCUCUGCGGUCGUCGCUGGGAUUCGGACGAAUGGGACGGGACUGAUGGGAGAGAGGAACAGCUCAGUGCAACCAGCAUCUUUUUCGCGAAUCUGGCUGGCUUCACUGAGAAGGGCGUUGCCACUGCUGCCGCGGCUGCUAAUCAUACGACCGGGUCUGCCGGCACGAAUAGGACUUCCACGAACGGCACUAUCAGUGUUGUGACUGCUGGCGUUCUGGCCGGUUUGGCAUCGCUCUUUGUCUUUUGA